CAUGUACGGCAAACAAUCGGUUCGAGAUUUGCCCUUUUCUCUUCCUUAUCCCGUUUAUAUGAUCGGAGAGGAACUGCGCUUCAGGUUGGAAGCGGUGCGAUCAUGGCCGAGCGAGUCCAGCAGCCCCCAGCCAAGCGGCUCUGCUGCCGGCCCGGAUACAACCCGGUAUGCAGGCAGGGGCAGCGGGCUGGAGGAGUCCCGUGCGGCUCCGCUCCGGGAGCGUCCGGGAACGGGAAAACGCACAACCCCGAGUCGCUGCUCGAUAUCGCGGCGCGGAGAGUGGCGGAAAAGUGGCCGUUCCAGCGGGUGGAGGAGCGCUUCGAGCGGAUCCCGGAGCCUGUCCAGCGCAGGAUCGUUUACUGGUCAUUCCCGAGGAGUGAGAAGGAGAUCUGUAUGUACUCUUCUUUCAACGCCGGAGGAGAGGAAAGUGGAUCUAGCGGGGACAAUAAUGACGAGACCCAGCUGCCUUUUCUGCGGGGUGUCACUCUGCUGGAGGGCGGCUGGGUGGACAACGUAUUGCAAGUCGGCUUCCACCUGAGCGGCACGGUGACGGACCCCGCCACGCCUUCAUCCCCGGAGCUCGUCUGCAGCGUCAGUGUCAGCUUUGACCGCUGCAAGAUCACCGCCGUAACGUGCACAUGCGGUAACAAGGACAUCUUCUACUGCGCCCAUGUGGUGGCGCUGUCGCUUUACAGGGUACGCAAGCCUGAGCAGGUCAAGCUGCACCUGCCCAUCUCGGAAACCCUGUUCCAGAUGAGCAGAGACCAGCUGCAGAAGUUUGUCCAGUACCUGAUAUCGGUCCACCACACUGAGGUGUUGCCCACAGCACAGAAACUGGCUGAUGAGAUCCUGUCCCAGAACUCGGAGAUCAACCAGGUCCAUGGGGCCCCGGACCCUACAGCGGGAGCCAGCGUGGACGACGAGAACUGCUGGCACCUGGACGAGGAGCAGGUUCAGGAGCAAGUCAAGCUUUUCCUGUCCCAGGGAGGCUACCACGGCUCAGGAAAGCAACUCAACCUCCUCUUUAGCAAGGUGAGGGAGAUGCUGAAGAUGCGUGACUCCAACGGAGCGAGGAUGUUAACACUGAUCACGGAGCAGUUCAUGGCCGACCCUCGGCUGGCGCUGUGGAGACAGCAGGGCACCACCAUGACCGACAAGUACAGACAGCUCUGGGAUGAGCUUGGUGCCCUGUGGAUGUGCAUUGUGCUGAACCCCCACUGCAAACCGGAGCAGAAGUCGUCGUGGCUGCGGCAGCUGCGGCGAUGGAACAGCGUGGACGUCUGCCCCUGGGAGGACGGCAACCACAUCAACGAGCUGCCCAAUCUUACCCAUUCCCUGCCCCAGGGCGCCCACGGUAAUCAAGAGAUGCGCCCCCACAGGACUGUUUUCACGCGAGCCAUCGAGGCCUGCGACCUGCACUGGCAGGACCGACACCUCCAGCACAUCAUCGCCAGUGACCUCUAUGCCAACUACUGUUACCAUGACAACCAGGAGGGCUCCCUCUUUGACUCACGCGGCUGGCCUUUGUGGCAUGAACACGUCCCUACGGCCUGCGCACGGGUUGACGCCCUGCGAUCACACGGUUACCCUAGAGAAGCCCUCCGUCUGGCCAUCGCUGUGGUGAACACGCUACGGAGGCAGCAGCAGAGGCAGCUGGAGCAUUUUCGGCGACACAAAAAAGAUUUGCUCCUUAAAGGUCAUACAUCCAUAACCAACAUGGAGGGCUGGGUGGGACACCCUCUGGACCCUAUUGGUACCCUGUUCAGCACCCUGACAGAGUCAGGAAGAGCGGGUGAAGAAGGCUCCAACACCUGCUUAGACCUCUCAGACUGCUCCAGCAUUGUGAGCCGAGCAGAACUUCAGCGGAUGCCUGUGCAGCGACUGCUGGGGGACGGUGAGUCGUACAUGGCGCUGGCGGUUGAGACGGCUCUGAUCGGCCUGGGCCAGCAGCGAGUGAUGCCGGACGGGCUGUAUGCUCAGGAAAAGGUGUGUCGCAAUGAGGAGCAGCUGUUGGCCAAGCUGCAGGAAGUGGAACUGGACGACUCCCUGGUCAAAAUCUUCCGUAAACAGGCCGUUAUUCUGCUGGAGGCUGGUCCCUACUCUGGCCUCGGAGAGAUCGUCCACCGAGAGAGCGUCCCCAUGCACACCUUCGCUCGCUAUCUCUUCACCUCUCUGCUACCUCACGACGCUGAACUGGCGUACAAAAUUGCACUGAGAGCCAUGCGGUUGCCUGUGUUGGAGUCCACGGCAUCAUCUGGUGACCUCUCACGACCUCACCACAUUGUGUCUGUAGUUCCAAACCGCUACCCGCGCUGGUUCACGCUGAGCCACAUAGAGUCUCAGCAGUGUGAGCUGGCCUCCACCAUGCUCACUGCGGCUAAAGGUGACAGUCGCAGAUUAGAGACAGUCUUGGAGUCCAUCCAGAAAAACAUUCACUCCUCGUCUCACAUCUUCAAACUGGCACAGGACGCCUUUAAGAUCGCCACUCUCAUGGACAGCCUGCCGGACAUCACUCUUCUCAAAGUUUCUCUGGAGCUUGGCCUGCAGGUCAUGAGAAUAACUCUGUCCACAUUAAACUGGAGGAGGAGAGAGAUGGUUCGCUGGUUAGUCACAUGUGCCACUGAAGUUGGUGUGUAUGCACUGGACAGCAUCAUGCAGAGCUGGUUCACCCUCUUCACCCCCACAGAAGCCACCAGUAUCGUGGCCACCACCGUUAUGUCCAACAGCACCAUAGUUCGCCUGCACCUGGACUGCCACCAGCAGGAGAACCUGGCCUCCUCCGCCCGCACGCUCGCCCUGCAGUGCGCUAUGAAGGACCCUCAGAACUGCGCCCUCUCUGCUCUCACGCUCUGCGAAAAGGACCACAUUGCCUUCGAGACAGCUUACCAGAUUGUACUGGACGCUGCAGCAACGGGAAUGAGCUACACGCAGCUGUUCACCAUUGCACGCUACAUGGAACACCGUGGCUACCCGAUGCGGGCGUACAAGCUCGCGACGUUAGCCAUGGCUCACCUGAACCUCAGCUACAACCAGGACACACACCCCGCCAUUAAUGACGUCCUGUGGGCCUGCGCACUCAGUCACUCGCUGGGCAAGAACGAACUGGCCGCCGUCAUCCCCUUGGUGGUUAAAAGCGUUAAGUGCGCCACCGUGCUGUCUGACAUUUUGCGGCGGUGCACACUGACCACCCCCGGGAUGGUGUCGGCGCUGCACAGCCGCAGGAACUCUGGGAAGCUGAUGUCUUUGGACAAAGCGCCGCUCAGGCAGCUGUUGGACGCUACCAUUGGGGCCUACAUCAACACCACGCACUCGAGGCUCACGCACAUCAGCCCGCGGCACUACAGCGAGUUCAUCGAGUUCCUGGGGAAGGCCAGGGAGACUUUUAUGAUGGCUCACGACGGACACAUCCAGUUCACCCAGUUCAUAGACAACCUGAAACAGAUUUACAAGGGCAAAAAGAAACUGAUGAUGUUAGUGCGGGAGCGAUUCGGCUGAGGGCGAGGCUCCUCUUCCACUCUAGUACUUUUCUAUUAACUUGAGUCUGCCUUUUGAACUUUUUUUGGACUAAUGGACAGGUAAGAGGGAUGUGACUUGUAGAAUGAAGCAAAACCAGAACGGAAAAGAGGAGAAAAAAAUCCAGAGCCACAUGCGGUAUUAUUGUUCUUGCUGUUGUUAUUGUUAUAAACAUUAUUGCUAUUAUUAUUAUUAUUAUUACUAUGAUUAAUAUUAUUACUACUAUGUGUACAGAAGCAUUUUUAUUUUUAAGAAGAGAGGAAAUUUGUCACAUUGUGAAUGUUGUGCGUACUUCUCUACAUGUGUGCGAGAUGAAAAUGAAACGUGAAAUGGCUUUUUUUUGUUUGUUUUCUAUAUUUUUAUUAUUUUUUUUUCAAACAUUCCCCCCCCCCCACUAUCAAUGUAUGUUGAGUUUUACUUUAAUGAGUGGCUGAAGCCUUUGUACAAUAACGCUCAUGUUUAAAAAAAAAAAAAAAAAAAAAAAGAAGAAAAAAAAAAGACCCAUUUCAACGUCUCUGUAUCCUCAAAGAGAAACUAAGG